GAUUGCAGCGCGUGAUUUGAAGCACGGAAGAAGACGAAGAAGAAGAAUCUUCGAGACGAGAGUGAAACGAAGCUGAACUUAAUUGAUCUGAAAAUAUCUGUUAUUCUCGAUUUGUCACGAGAAUCUGUGCUUGUCAUUCCUGUGCUGUUGUUUGUGCUUCAGCAUGGCGGUCGUCAUCCGUUUACAGGGACUGAGACUCACAGCAGGCUCUGAGGAUAUUCGCAAGUUCUUCACUGGCCUCAAAAUUCCAGAUGGAGGGGUGCAUAUAAUUGGUGGAGAGCGAAGUGAAGCUUUCAUUAUCUUUGCUUCAGAUGAAGACGCACGAAGAGCCAUGACACGGUCAGGGGGUUGCAUUAAGGGUGCAUCUGUUACAUUGCUACUAAGUAGCAAAACAGAAAUGCAGAGCGUCCUUGAAAGAAGUACACAACAUGUUGAGCUAGAUCAAAAGAGGCAUCUUGAGGAGAACACAAGACACACUAGAAGAUCUGUGGACCCUGAGGUGGGCCGGAGAUCAGGUAGCAGAUCGGGUCAUACCCCUCCCCCCCAGCACCAGAGGGUUUCAAACACUGAUGACUUCUUGUAUGUGUUUCUGAAAGGAUUGCCUUUCUCUGUGACUGAGGUGGAAAUCCGUGACUUUUUCUGUGGUUUACAUGUUGAUGAAAUAGUCUUGUUGAAGAAUGGAUAUGGUGCGAAGAAUGGGAAUGGUCUUGUCAAAUUUGCAACAAGAGAGGAUUCAUUUGAAGGCCUGAAGAGGGAUAGGAGGUACAUUGGGUCAAGGUAUGUGGAGGUUUCCACAACAACAGCAGACGAAUGGCGUCGGGCUACUGGUAAAAUGUCAAUUGCUGUCAAAUCGUACGACAACUUUGAAAGGGAGAGAUCACCUGUUCGCAACCAGAGGAAUCCACAACAUCCCACAAGGUCACAAUCUCCUUUGGCUCAGAGGCCCUUUGCUCAUUCUGAGGAUGAGUACUGCGUUUUGUUGGACAAUCUGUCCUAUGCAGCUGAAAAAGAAGACAUAAAAAAGCUUUUUCGUAAUGCAAAACUUGAAGAUGACCAGAUCCUGCACUUAAUUGGCCUUGAUGGGAGAAGAACUAGAUCCACAUUUGUGCUGUUCAAGAGUCUGCGUGACUAUUGUGAUGCCUUAAGUCACGAAAAAAGACUGUUUCUCAACCGAUGGGUUUAUACACGCCCAAUCUCAAGAGAGAAAAUGAUCGCCCUUCUGGAAUCUCAGAGCAUGGAUGUCAGCCCUUCUGGAAACACUGAAAAGUUUCAGGAGACAACUCCAUCUCACCCUGGUGAUGCUUAUGACUCUGAGAAAGUGUGUCUAUUUGUGCGGAACCUGCCAUUUGAUGUACGGAAAGUUGAGAUCAUGGAUUUCUUCUUUGGGUUUAAUAUCACAGAGGACAAAGUGUUUGUGCUACGUGACCAUAAAGGAGCUGGGGUUGGAAAGGCUUUGGUUCUCUUCCGGUCUGAGGCAGAGGCUAUGAGUGUACUGUCUCUCAACGGACGAAGGUUUCUGGGGUCAGAAGUCUUACUGAAAUGCAUUUCACGUUCUCAGAUGCGGCAGUUGGGUGUUGAGCCUCCAAUGGUGCAAGAGCCACUGCCGAGGGAGGAGCAAUACUUGAGCAGGAGAAGCGAGGCAUCCUAUCACACUGGUGACACUGAGUACCCUGAGUUUGGGAUUCCUCGUGACGGUAAUAUACCAAUGACUAAUGUAAAGGGUCGUAUCCGUGGGGAUUAUGAGCCUUUUGCCGUAGCCCCUUAUGCUCCACCAGACAGAGGUAAUGGCGUUCGUGGCGGCUUUGGUGCCUCGGUGCAGAAUCUUGAUGGUCCCACCUGUGUAAGGCUAGUUAAUUUACCAUUCCAAAUCAGAAGCGAAGAAAUCUAUGACUUUUGCUAUGGAUAUCGAAUCAUCCCUGGAUCGGUCUCACUGCAAUAUGACCAGAGGGGAAAACCUCAAGGCUCUGCGACUGCAGUAUUUGAGUCCCGUCCGGAGGCGUUAACAGCAAUUGAGGAACUGAGUGGAAGACCAAUCGGCCCAAGAAAAAUACAGCUUCUACUUGUGUGAAAGUGGCAUGCCCUAGCAGUAAGGUUUGGACAUAUACACAAUGUUAAUUGAAGCAAAUUUGAUUUAUGGGAAGUACUGCAUUUUCUUUUUCUUUUGAAUUCAUGUGCCAUGGCUAAAUAUGUAAAUGUAAAUUUAGCUAUAUAUUUUUUAACUGCAUUUGUUUUUAUCAUAAGGUAAUAUAGUCUGACUAUAUGUGGGUUUUCUCUCAGUGAAAUAUUAGAUUUUUGGUUUUCUCACAUCUUUCUCAUUUUUGUUUGUACUUACAACACUGUGUGGAAAAAAAUUUACAAUUCAUUGUACUAUGUGGUGAUUGUGAGUGUUUUUAUAAAGACACAUACCUGUA